GCCUGAGGGUCAGUCGCCAUUUUCUUCGGAACAGAAACACGGUCCGGUUAUGGGUCACUGCUCUUCUGUGAGCUCCAAUGUUUGCUGUUCAUAGUUGUUGACACUAGUCAAGAGGAUCGAAACAAGGAGUUAGCUGUAGCAGGUGUUGUUUGAGCUCGGGACUUAGACUUUGGUGAAGUAUGUAAGUUUUUCACAACAAACCCACGGGCAGGUAAAAACUGUUGGAGGGUCAGUGCGUGGGAGUCCAGCAAGCUCGAUCGUUUGGUGCUAAGCGAGUACGAACUGUACGUACGCCAUAAUUGACUUGCAUCCUGCUGGUCUCAGUUCACCAUGAGCUCGCAAAAUGUUCCCGGCGACUCUGUGUUUGACGAAGUCGACCCCGGGCCCGUCUCGACUUCUCCCGGCACUGUGGAGCUCAUUGCCCGGCACGACUACAACAAGGGUGCGCUGGAGGUCACCGUGGUUCGGGCUCGCCUGAAGGAAGACGCCGUGUGGAACCAGGACGACAUGAAGCACCAAACAACCAUAGGUCGCAGAACCAUCGAUCCUUACGUCAAGGUAGCACUUGGGGGGACGACUCUGACGACUAAAGUCGCCAGCAAAACUUACACCCCGAUGUUCAACGAUACGUUCCAGUUCGACUCCGAGAACAUAACAUACGACUCCGUCUUACACGUGAAAGUUAAAAUCUUUCGAAUGAUUCAUAAGGACUCACUGAUAGGGGAGCUGACACUGCAUCUCGGAGACUUGGACAUGGGGAAAGUACAGCAGUUCCCUCUCAAAGCACCGCAGACUGUAUCGACAACCGAAGAAUCAAGGGGCACCGAUCUGAACACCAGCAAAACGGAGGAAACUGACACGCAGCAACUGGUGUCUACCACGGAUGGAUCGAAGAAGACAUCGGCAAUGGGCUCCAUGUCAUCAUUAUUUAGUGGUUUUAUGACAAGCAAGGUCAAAGACCUCCACACUGCCGCCUUGGUGGGGGACAUCGGGAAGGUCAACAAAUUCCUGGAAACCGGACAUGACGUCAAUGAGAAGAAAAUAAUGCAGUUGUUUCCCGAACACUCAGACGAAGUCGUCAGCGAACACCAGUUUCAGGACGUGACGCCAUUGCACUGCGCGGUGAUUGCUGGGAACGCCAAGGUUGUUUCCCGCCUUCUACGGGCUGGUGCCGAUCCCCUCGUGCGCAGUAAGGACCUCCAGUCGCCCAUGCACGCUGCUACGUGGUUCGGUCAGGACAAGAUCAUGGAGACCUUACUGCUGAAAUACGAGUUGGAAUAUCAGCAGAACAUGAAGCAGAAGGGAGUAACCGGUCCUCUGUCCACUUCCACUGCCCGACUGCUGUACUGGGUGGAUCCAACCAUUCGUGCUGAUCUGGAAAACAUGGUGUGGGAGGCGGCAAAGGUAGACAACGUGGCUUUCCUGAACGUUCUCGUGGGACAGCUAGAGUGGACUGUGGAGGAUCUCACUAUCCGAGACCCUGCGGGGAAUACGCCGCUGCACUACGCCGUAGACCAAAGGUACCAGUCUAAGAAGUUCGCGCAGGCGCUGCUGGAUAUGAACUCUGACCUCUUGCAGGAGAAGAAUAGCAAGGGACAGACGGUGCUGAACGUGGCCGGAGUCGACAUGAAGUAUACACUGAUGGGGACGGCAAAACGCGUCGGGAGCUUGAAGAGCGACAGCCAUUUUGAGGAGGAUUCCCUAGGCUACCGAGUGUACGCCAAAACAGUUGCCGACAUCCUAACGGACGAGUCCACUACCAUGCCUAUCACUGUGGGGAUCUACGCGCGCUGGGGGACGGGCAAGUCCUUCAUCCUCAACCAGGUCAAAAACGAGAUUGAUGCAAACAUUGAAAAGGCAGAUAAGCUACGACAUGUAGAAGAGUUCAACGCCAAGAUAACAACCAAAAGGGAUCGGAAGAUGGCCGUUCCUCCACUCCCCUACGCUUCCUGUGCGAGUAUCCUCACCUUCCUGUUAUUCAUUCUAACUGUGGUAGGUGGCGCUCUGUCCUACUUCUACUACCGCGCCAUCUUUAAGAUUAUACUGAUCGUCGGUACAAUUUCCACCAUCUGCAUGUGUGUAAUCGUUGGGUAUCUGAAGAGGAAGUAUCUGACUCGGAUCUUGCUGACGCUGUUCCCCGAUCUACGCGUGAGAAAGAGGCACCUUCAGCUGAUUGGGAUCUGGCUGGAUCUGCUGGCUCCACCAAAUCUCGAGACAAAUCUGCCCAAUCCUGGUCACGUUAAGGUGAUCCACGUGCAGUUCAAUGCCUGGGAGUACUCUGGCUGCUCCGCGCUCUGGGCAGGCAUCGUCACCAAGCUGUGUGAUGAAGUCGAGGCAACAUUCGGCCCGUGGACAACCCGCUUGUACCGCGCCAUCCACGACAAGUUUAUGGCGUCGGAGAGACCACCAGUUACGGGGAGGCUGUGGUUCAAGUUGUUGAUCGGGACGAUUCUGGGGACAGUGUUGAUCGUGUUGGCAUCUGUGUUUGGCAUCAGCGGAGAGUCUACUCUUGAGAUAGCGACCAGCAUAUUCCAGAUCCUCUGUGGUGUCGUCCUCAGUGCUGGCUUCAUGAAAAACGCUACUGAAAUCUGGUCCUUCUUGAGGAAGAUGGCGAUCUCACAGAGAGAUAGGUUGAUGGCACAGACGACGAAACCCAACUUUGACCAGGAGCUGGGGUUCAUGGCAAAGGUGAAGACAGAAGUGCAGGUAAUAACGUACCUGUUGCGGUACUUCGAGGCAGCCCGUGGGAAACAGUACCGGGUGGUUGUGGUGGUGGACGACUUGGACAGAUGCCCGAAAGACAGAGUCACCAAAGUCAUCGAGGCGGUGGGCAUACUUCUCUCAGACCCCAACUCUCACUUCAUCUCCCUUCUGGCCGUGGAUCCCAGGAUUGUCGUCAAGAGUAUUGAGGAGAGCUUUGGUGACGUCAUGAGGAACGCCAACAUCAACGGGUACGAGUACCUGAAGAAGAUGGUGCAGCUGCCGAUCUGCCUGCCGGGCCCUGGUGCGGAGGAGAGAAAACGCUUCCUGUGGGACACGGCAAAGAUGUCCGCCACCGAGCGGAAAGUCAUGGCCGUGCAGAGGCAGGAGGCUGGCCAAGCAAGGGCGAAGGAGGCAGCAAAAACGCUUGUGCUGAACAAAGAAGAGAGGGAUGCUCUGAAGAGAGGGUUGCACAAACUUUCUAUCCUGUGGCGCGACGACAAGACACAAGAGACGAGCCUCGGAUGCAGACGUGUAUCGGUAGUAAGCUCAUCCGAAGAGCCUGGUCUCGACAUGACUGGAAAUGACAUCACCGACAAGAACCUCUAUCUGACGGAGGCCAUCAAGAGUCUACAGAAAGACGACGUCAUCCGCUACGUGGCCGGAAAUCCACGUCACAUCCGGCGCCUCUUCAACAUCCUGUGCGUCUCGGUGGGCGUUCUGUCUCAGCGGGAAAGACUGACAAGGUUCACCCCGAAACAGGUUGCAAGGUGGGUGCUGCUUGUCGAGCAAUGGCCCUACAGAAUGAGCUGGAUCAUCCAGUACGUUGAGGACUUCUUCCAAAGGAGAGAGCUCGGAAGGCGGGAGACUCUGCAGCGCGGAAUUCAGAUGCACGACAAGCUGGUGGACAUCUUCCUACAGAGGGUCAAAUGCGAGAUCACCACUCAGGAGGAAUGGAGUCACCUCAACCCACUGGACGAAGACCCAGAGAUGUUCGAGCUCUUCUUGACAUUUGCCAAGUUCACGGUCGAGGACAUGCAAGACCUCCUUCCCUACACCGUGAACCUUGACCUCUCAAUCCGACAGACGGUUGGCUACGCCCGAGCUCAGACUGACGUCAAGGAAGUUGAACAGACCAAUCAGACGUUGACGAGUCUUUUGAAUCAAGGCGAGUCACCAGUUUCACUUGAUUCUACAGUUGCCCUACUCUCGGAGCUCCUAAGAAAGGGGAGAAGAGAGCCUGGAAUCACGAAAACACCAGAUAGCGUUUUCAGCGUGGAACAGGAAACAGACGACCGAGGGUCCUCCUCACCACAAGCCCGCGCUGAGACAACUACCCCCGGCAGACGACCGCAGGUGCGUCCCCAUGGUAACCAUUCCAGCCCUGACCCAAAUCUUGACGUCAUCGCCGAAGAAUCUGCGGAGGAAGUUUGCAGGGACGUCCAACGGCAGUUGUCUGCGGCGAUGGACGACUCCACUGUCAAUGAUGACGAUGAUGAGCCGGCAAUGGUAUCGACCACUCCCAUGAUAGCUGAUGCCAGAGAGAUGCCACUUGAGAUAUCUUCGCCCACCAUCGUAACAGCUGACGAAAAUGAUGAGAAAGAGAACGGCCCAGUGCUGGGACAGGUUAACGGACAUUCAUCUGAAGAAGAUGUGGCAACCGCAGAGGCAACCGCGACUUCGCCUGACGACAUAGACCUAAUUGAAGAUGGGGAAAGGAACGACACAGACCAUGAUGACCAUGAAGACGACGAGUCACCUCUGUUGGAACAGCCGCCAACCGUUAGUAACGGAUGCUCGGAUGAUGUCUACGAUGAAGAGGAGAACCUGUCCGCCCCACUUUUAGAUGAUAAAACAGCAGAACGCGAGUCAAAUGUGUAAUUGUGUUGACAAGCAGUUCUCAAGUUUUUUUAAAGUCAUGAACGCACACGAUUCGUUAGAAUCCCACUCUAUCUGAUAAUGAUGUUUUUAGCUGGCGCAGUGAUAAACGCACAACAACUAAUAAGAGUAAACAGGCACCAAUUUCGAUUCGAAGACAUUCAUCAGUAUUUGUUGUGGUAUGUCAUACUCAUAGGAUGUUAACGUUACUGGUGCUUUUUUUAAUCCAUGACAGUGGAAGUAGUCUGCAAAUUAGACUUGUCUUUUUUUCAUUACUUCCCAAGGAGGCUUCGGCACACAGCCAAUUGACCUGAAGUGUUUUCUACAUGAUCGUUUUUAUCUGUUUUUAUGACUUGUCUUUGAAUCAAUGAAUUUUAACAAUCUCACCAGCCGCUAGGAGUUUAUAGUCGUACGAUAAUCUUGUCUUCCGAUGUCAUAUUUUAUAUCAUUUUGUCAACAGCCAUGAGAAACCGGUGGAAAUAAUGAAGUACACCUUUUUUGAUAUUUGUAGACAUACUGUUGUGUUUUUGGACAGAAGCUUGAUAGAUUAUUCAUGACUAUCCUUGUUAUAUACAUUUGUCCAACAAUAGCACUAGUUUGCAUUUUAGAUUAAUGGUAACGGUAGAACAACUUCUAACUAUAUUUGUGUCCUCAUCAACUGUGCUUGGUUUCAAUAUCCAGUUAAGAUGGGUUCUAGGUGACUUUUUGUUAGUGGGAUGUUUAGAAUGUGGUAUUUCACAGCGGUAGCAGCUCACUUUUUCAAUAAAAAAUCAAUUGGAA